UGUUCAGUUAUUAAUGACCGCUGAGCAGGCAGCACCAUGUCAGUGUGACAACUGAUCGGGUGAACGAUGCAGCUCUAACCACCAUGGAAACAAGGAGAAAUACGAAGAGCUAGCAGGCAUCUUUUUCUUCACUGGAUUGUGAGCCACAGCCAGGCAGCACAGAGCUCUGGCAAACAUAAGGGAUCUCAGCUGGCAGCACAGAGAUUCUCUCAUUUUGUAGGAUAUCUAUAGAUAAAUGUAUCAUAUACUAUAUAUACACAUGCAACUCUUCAUACCCUGGCAUUAACACAAGAAUGUGGUUACCUGAACUAAGGAAUCCAAAAAUACAGAUGCAGAAGUCCUCCAGCUUUGAAACUACUCUUGCAGGGUCAUGCUGUCAUUCCCGCAAACACUAAUCAAUCAUGGGAUCUGAAGUUAAUACUACUAAAUAAAUGAAUUACUUUAUCUUCUAUGACCAUCUAUACAUGCUUCAUCUUCACAAAUCUUACCAGUUUUAUGCCAUCAAGGAGACAGUGAUCUUCAUUUCCAAAACAUGCCUGUUAUCAUUGGACAAGGUGGUUACGAGGUUACCACUUAUUUUCAGGAAGAGAGUCUUUGUGCUUCUUUGUCAUUCAUCAUUUGACAAAUGCAAGUAUAUGUUUUAUCAAAUGACCACCUCUUACUGAAGUUAAAAACAGCAACUGUGGUAUCCUUAAGGGACCAUUACUUUUCUGAAGACUUGAGCUAAGAUGAAGGACAUGCCACUCAAAAUUCAUUUUCUGCUUGGCCUAACUAUCACUGCAUUAGUACAAGCUGUAAAUAAAAAGGUAGACUGCCCUCAAUCAUGUGUAUGUGAGGUCAGACCUUGGUUUACCCCAAGAUCCAUAUACAUGGAAGCUCCAACAGUUGACUGUAAUGAUUUAGGUCUUGUAAAUUUCCCAAUGAGAUUGCCUGCUGACACACAGGUUCUACUUCUACAGACUAACAACAUUGCAAAAAUUGAAUACUCAGUAGACUUCCCAGUAAACCUUACUGGUCUUGAUUUAUCUCAAAACAAUUUAUCCUCAGUGAUCAAUAUUAAUCUUAGAAAGAUGCCACAGCUUCUUUCGGUGUACCUUGAGGAAAACAAACUUACUGAGCUGCCUGAAGAAUGUCUGUCUGGACUGAACAAUUUACAAGAACUGUACAUUAAUCACAACUUGCUUUCCACAAUUGCACCAGGAGCUUUUAUAGGCCUUGAUAAUCUUCUCAGACUUCAUCUCAAUUCAAACAGCCUACAGAUGAUUAACAGUAAGUGGUUUGAAGCUAUUCCUAACCUUGAGAUUCUCAUGAUUGGAGAAAAUCCGAUCAUCAGAAUCGAAGAAAUGAACUUUAAGCCUCUUAUCAAUUUGCGCAGCCUGGUUUUAGCAGGCAUAAAUCUCACUGAAAUAGCUGAUAAUGCUUUGGUUGGCCUUGACAAUUUAGAAAGUAUCUCAUUUUAUGACAAUAGAUUUGUUAGAGUUCCCCAUGUUGCUCUUCAAAAGGUUACAAAUCUUAAAUUUCUGGAUCUAAAUAAGAAUCCCAUUAACAGAAUACGAAGAGGAGAUUUUAGCAAUAUGCAGCACCUAAAAGAAUUGGGAAUUAACAACAUGCCUGAACUAAUUUCUAUAGAUAGUCUUGCUGUGGACAAUUUACCAGAUUUGAGAAAAAUAGAAGCUACUAAUAACCCCAGGUUAUCAUACAUACAUCCAAAUGCUUUCUAUAAACUUCCCAAGCUAGAAUCACUCAUGCUCAAUAGUAAUGCACUUAGUGCCCUGUACCGUAAUACGAUAGACUCUUUGCCUAACCUCAAGGAAAUCAGUAUACACAGCAAUCCAAUCAGAUGUGAUUGCGUCAUCCGCUGGAUUAACAUGAAUAAAACCAACAUUAGAUUUAUGGAACCAGAUUCAUUAUUUUGUGUGGAUCCUCCAGAAUUUCAAGGCCAGAAUGUGAGGCAGGUCCAUUUUAGGGAAAUGAUGGAAAUCUGCCUCCCACUGAUAGCACCUGACAGUUUCCCCUCAAAUCUGGAUUUAGAAACUGGCAGCUAUGUUUCUUUACAUUGCAGAGCAACAGCAGAACCAGAACCUGAAAUAUAUUGGAUAACACCAUCAGGUCACAAACUUUUGCCUAGUAUGCUUACUGAUAAAUACUAUGUCCAUUCUGAAGGAACAUUAGAUAUAAGUGAUGUUACACAAAAAGAAAGCGGACUAUAUACAUGUAUAGCAACUAACCUGGUUGGAGCGGAUUUAAAAUCAGUUAUGAUUAAAGUGGAUGGUUCUUUCCCUCAAGAAAGCCAUGUAUCUUUGAAUAUUAAAAUAAAAGAGGUGCAAUCUAAUUCUAUUCUGGUGUCUUGGAAAUCAAGUUCUAAAAUUCUGAAAUCCAGCAUUAGAUGGACUGCCUUUCAGAAGACUGAAAACUCUCAGGCUGCUUGGAGUGUACGAAUUCCAUCUGAUAUAAAGGUCUAUAAUCUUACUCAUCUAAAACCAUCAACUGAAUAUAAAAUUUGUAUAGACGUCCCCACCAUCUACCAGCACAAUAAAAAGCAAUGUGUCAACGUUACCACAAAAGGAUUGGAUCUUGCAGUGAAAGAUUAUGAAAAGAUCAACAUAAUAGGAUUCCUUGCUUGCCUUGGAGUUCUCUUUGGAGUUAUCUGUGUGGUAUAUCUCUACAGUUGCAUCUCACAAGAAAUUAACUGUGAUGCAGGACACAGCUAUUUAAGGAAUUACUUGAAGAAACAAUCCUUUUCACUCAAUGACCUUUAUCCUCCUCUAAUCAGUCUCUGGGACACGGGCAAAGAGAAAAGUACAGCCCUGGACGUAAAAGCAACUGUGAUAGGAGUACCGACAAAUAUGUCAUGAAACAACAACGUAAACACCAACAUUAUAAAACAGUUUCUGACAGGAAAUGCACAAGACUGCAAUUGUGCUAACUAAAAAGGCAAAAAAAUUACUCUUAGAAAUAAGAAGUCUGGAUGUUGCUGCUGGUGUUGAGAAAUGGGAAUAUGUACUGACUCAGCAUAAAAAAGAUUUUUAACUAACUGACUUCAAAGGGUAUUGUGCCAACCAAAUACAAUUAUUCCAUUUUUUAGAACUUUAAAGUGACUUUUCAGUCUGGAAAAGAGUGCAAGUAGCCAAGAACAUUUUCUGUAUUUUUUUUAAUUAAGUAAGAGUAGUAGAACUGAGCAAUACCUCCUCCUGUGCUGUAUUACACACACUAGCAGCGUGUUUUUGCAGUGACCAGAUAAGCUAGAAUCGACACGUGGUGUAAUGAAAUGGACAAAUUCUGUAGAGUAGACACAGUGAGUAUGUGAAACUUUUUUUAUGAGGAAAAAUACAUUUUUGAUUAAAAUCAAAAUA